ACAAGUUAUAUAUACAUAUAUUAAUCCCAUUGUAUGCGGCAGUAUAAGGCAUAUUUUCGGACAUAAAAAUAGGUUAAACAGUUAAAUGAAGUUUUUUUAUUUCUAUGAACAUUAAAUAGGAAGUUCAAGUACAAUGAAUUCCAAUGUCAAGAUUAUUCGUGCUUUAGCACAAGAAUUACGUCAUAUUUCCUUCAAUGAUAAACUGAAAGAUAAUAUUACAAUGCAAUAUAUUUUGGAACAAGCAUAUUCCCAUAAGGAAACCUCAGAAGUUCUUUGCAAAGCUCAAAAAGAAUUGAAGAACUUAGCUGAAACGUACCUUUGUUACUUGAGAUCGCAAAGAAAGUACAAAGAGAUUAAAAUGCAAUAUACUGGUAAAGGAGAAAGAAGUAUUAAGGAAACAGCAGAUCUUGUCGGUUUUAAAUUACCACACGAUCCAAAAUAAAGACAUACAUUGGUAAAAAACAUAAUCAAACUAUGUAUGUAGCGUUUGUACAAAGCUUUCUAUUAUUUUAUGUAGAUCGACAAAAAUACUUUGCGUUGAAAAAUAUACAUUGAACAAGAAUUGGAGAUUAGAAAAUUAUAGUAGAGAAUGUACUUAGAUUUUUCAACAUUGCUUUCUAGAGAGGAAUAUGUUUUCAUAAAAUGUGUAGAUAUAUAUAAGUACAACAAUUUGCUUAGAUAGUAUAUUAAAAAAUAUAGUACCAAAACUAGUAUAUUAAUUAAUAUAUCAAAAUUAAAAGUACAUUUGGAUAUAGUCGAUAUACAGCUAAUGAAUGAUUUUAUCUGACAAUUAAGUACAAAAAUGAAAACAAUUUUAUUUUGUCAUUUAUGAAUAUUCCUUGCGAAUACAUUUGGCAAUCGUUGAGAGUUGCAUAUUACUGGUACCUUCAUAAAUAGUUCCUAUCUUUGAAUCUCUAAAAUAUUUUUCUUGAGGAAAGUCUGUAGUAAAACCAACACCUCCCAUAAAGUCUAUGCAUUUUGCUGUUACACGUAAAGCUGUUUCUGUAAAUAACAAUUUUUAUAAAUUAUUUAAUUUGUCCUACAGAUAAUAUAUUUUUAAUUUUAUUUAAAUAAACAAACAAACAAACCAGAAGCAACUAGUUUUGCCAUCGCUGCUUCUUUUAUAAUACUUUUUUUAGCAUCUACUAAUCUGGCUGCAUUAUAAACAAGUAAUCUGGCACUCUCCAAUUCAGUUGUAACUUGGGCAAUUUGAUGUUGCAUAGACUAAAAAAUUAAUGAACAUUAUUAACUAAUUGAAUUAAACAAAUUCAUGGUAAUA